UUGAAAUUGAACUUGCCGUCGCGCUGUGUGCGCUGCUGUUGAUAAUCAUACGAAGAAGAAAUGCACCAUUGAAAAUGAAAUUAAAUUCAAAUCGUGAGUGAAACACAGAAGAAGCAGACAAAACCAAUUUUUGGUUGUUGCGUUCGUACUUUGCCUGAGGCAGCUCUGUGAAGAUGGAUUAUCAGUACUACGACGAUGCGGACUAUAUGGACGAUGAAGGCGGCAUCGAUGGCAUCGAUGAUUUCUACGCUGACCACAAAUUCCACAAUCGCUACGCUCGUCACACCGAUUAUCCCGACGACGAUGAUGAUGAUGAUGGCGACAAUGACGCUGCUGAUGAUAUCCACGACAAUUUGGUGCCGGAUUAUGGCAGCCUGUCGGAUCGUCUCUACGAUAGCUAUGCGAAUUGCAUGUUGCCAUCGUUGAUCCAGGUGUUCAGCUAUUUGUUGCCGCUGCUCUUCGGUUGUUUGCUGUGUCGAGUGCUCUGUCAGCUGUAUGCGCGUCGACGGCUGCAGCGACAACAACAACAACAGCAGCAGGAUGCCAACAGCCGACAGAUGGCGCCACUGCAUGCCAUCAAUAUCGUCUGCGGCCUUGCGAUGCUCUACGUAACACUCGGUGAACGGAUGUUGUUGCUGCUGCUGCUGAGCUUCGUCAGCUAUGCCCUGCUGCAGCUGGUGCGCUUGAGUCGCGGAGGACAACGAGCGGCUGUGGCGAUUGCUGUGCUCAGCAUUGGCAGCCAGUUUGUCUAUGAGCUGGCGUUGCUCGAACAGCGUCAGGAUUGGGCGCAAUUGCGUGGCCUGCAGAUGGUGGCCAACAUGAAGGUCAUUUCGCUGGGCUUCGAUCUGACCGCCGGACUGCGCAGCAUGCCCAGCCUUUGGACGUAUCUCGGCUACAUCUUCCAGCCGGCCAGCUGCAUUCUGGGACCGUGGCUGAGCUAUGGUCGCUAUCUGGACUCGCUGUGCCAUCGGCCGCAUUGGCGUCGCUCGCUCCUCCACACGCUGCUCAAUCUGUUGCUCUGUGUGCUUGCUCUCAGCGUCUCCAAUUGCAUUGCGCCCGCUUGGGGUGAACUCCAGCUGCACCGGCAACAGCAGCAGCAGCAGCAGCAACACGAAACUGGAGCCCAAUGGCUGCUGAUGUAUGCGGGAGCGUUGAGUGUGCGCAGCAGUCAUUAUUUUGUGAGCUUCUUGAGCCAAGCGUUGCUUGCCACAUCCGGCCAGCAGCUGGACACGCAGAGCCGUUCACUGGGCGCCUUGGUGGCGCGUCCUUGGCACAUCGAGUGGCCGCAUUCGUUGAGCGCUUUGGUCCGCUGUUGGAAUCUGCCGAUGCACGAGUGGCUCAAGCGUUAUGCGUACAGCGCAUCGAAGCAACGAUCGAGGCACAACACCAUUGUUGCAGUGUUUUGCACUUACAUCGUUUCAUCGCUGUUGCAUGGCAUGGACUUUCGCAUCUAUUUGGUGCUCCUCUCGCUGGCCACCUUUGGCCAGGGCGAGGCGAUGUUGCGUCGCCAUCUGGCCACUCUCUGCAACGCCUGCAUCGCUGCCAAUCCGUGUCCAGGUGCCGAACGUUGUCGCUACACGCGUUGCCCUCGGCGUCGUGGUUGGCGCUGUGCCAGCAGCUGGUUGGUCGCCACCAUCAAUGUGGCAUUCACGCUGCUCGACAUCUGGCAUCUGGCGUAUCUGGGCGUGGUGCUGCUGAACGAAACGCUCAGCAUGGAGGCGGAGCACGAGCUGCCAUUCAUGUAUCACUGGGCGGCUGUGGGAUAUCUCAAUCAUUACAUUGGCAUCGGCAUGUUUAUGCUCUAUCUGUUCAUCUCGUAAGCCCAAAUAUACAAAGACUGUCUCAACGAGAGAGAGAGAGAGAGAGAGACUGCAACUGCUCCCGCUCCAUGUGAUUAUUUGAUUGAGUUGAUGCUGAAGGAUGAAGCUGGAGAUCUCGGAACUGAUUAAACACUGUGAAUCUCUAUUUAAUCUGUAUUUGUUGUAGUCGUGACCAAAAUAUUCUCUUUAGUUUUUACGUUUUAUACUUAUACAUAUGCUAUACAUACUUACAUCAUACUUAUAUACAUAACAUACAUACUUGCGAUGUACUUAAUAAAUUCAAUAUUAAAUGCGCAUAAAAUUCU